AUGGUCGAGGAAAACGAAGGUUGCGCCAGGCGACAUCCGGCGUUACGAAACGCGACUGCGUUUCAACUACAGUUUUCCUCCUUCCCUUACCUGCAGACACUGAAUUUCUGGCUAUUCAAUUUGUGCUCGAAGAUUAUCCCUUCGGUGAUUUUGUGCCUAAUGACGUUUAUGAUUCUUGCCAAGCUCAAGAAGAUUCAACAGUUGAGUUCACGGUUUACGAGUGUCGAACGUGAUAAGCAGUACCACAGGACAACGAACAUGAUUCUGGUG